AAAACGUUUUAUCAUGAGUUGAACUACAGAAUAAACAUGUGUGUCGGGUAAAAUAUUUGUAUUAAAGAUUCUCCAGAAUGUAGAGGGUACAAGGGGCAUGGGGCCAGGCGUGUUAAAUUCUUGUCAUGGACCACUUUUAUUGGCGAUAGUGUAACAUUUUUGGGAGGAAUCAUAACAUUGAUUAUAACAUAUUUCUACAUGAAGGAUAAUUAUCAUGAUAUCUACGGUGAGUCGCACGAAGAAGAUAACCUUCCAUGGAGUGAGUAUUUUUGUAAUGUAAAAUGGUGGUUCAUUAUGUCUAUAACUGGUGAUGUGUUCACAUUGAUGGGUGUUUUAUGGAUAGUGACAACGCUCGGUGAGGAAAGUGAUUUCAAACAGCCUUUGAAAGAAUGGGACAAAAAUGUUGUUUAUAUUGGCUCAGGAUGUUUAUUGACAUGGUUUUCUAUGUUACGAUUUAUAAAAAUUAAUCACAAGUUCACGUUGUUGUUCAAAACACUCAAAAGAUCAGCUCUAGACGUCAUCUUUUUCAUGACAUGUGUAACAAUCAUCUUUGUGGGUUUUUUGUUUUGUAUUUAUAUUGUACUUGGACCAUACAAUGUUAAGUUUGACAAACUUUCUACAACUGCGGAAACAUUAUUUUCGUUGAUAAAUGGUGACGAAAUUUUUGUAUCGUUUGAAUAUCUAAAAAGGGAAGAGGCUGGAGACCAACAAAGAAUAUAUUUAUUUUCAAGAGUUAUCAUCUUUAUCUUUGUUAUCAUCUUCACUGUGUUUGUAUUAAACCUCUUGAUAGCUUUGUUCAACAGCGCUUAUGAAGUCGUUAAGAAUUCAUAUGAACAAGAAAAUGAGACGGAACGAGCAAGAAGGAAACUCGUACCAAAGACACUGACGUAUUUCAUGUGUAAAGAUUUCGAAGAAAGUGCAAAAUUUGACAGGUGUUGCGGUGCCUCGGCUGAUGGAAAAAGUUUAUUUAGCCACAGAUGUUUCACGAAAAAUGAUGAUGGGUGUAAUGGUUGUACAUGUGGAGUUUUCAACACACUGGUUCAUUUCUUAUGCUGCAAUAUUUUUACAAUAUGUUGUUGCCAUUGUAAGGCAACAACAAAGUAAAGAGAACAAACUAAGUUAUUUCCUCAAACAGAAAGUAUGAUGCUGUUCGCAAUAUAAGACUUCUUUGUCGCAUCAUUGGUAUAAAGUGUUUUUUACAUUCAGCAGUUUUCUGAACAUACGUCUAGACAUUUCUGUACAAUGUAAGUUAUCUCUUUAUAUUUCACUUUCUAAACGACGAAAGGAAAAACAAAUCUGGAUGAAUUUGAUCCCUCGGUAGCAUAAAUCACAACAAAAUUACAUGAAAAUUGCAGAUUUGCUUAGAUUGAGGAUGUAUAUGAGGGAUUUAUAAAACAGUGCAACAUCUCUCACGUCCUUACCCCACAGGAUUAAGCGGUACACUUAAAAUUUUAGAAUUAUUGAUCCCGAACUACUCCAUUUAAGGGUGAUAUGCUUUUUUUUAACUUGUCUCAAAUUGCAAUGACGAGAUAUUAACACGAUUUUAUAUGUUUAUGAUAAAAAAAAGGACACUCGAUUAUCUGUGAGCACGAUAAAUUGGUGGUUUCGAGUCCUAUGAAGGACUUUGGAUUUUUUUCAUGUAAAUACCGGAGCAUUGGUGGUUCUACUCUGGUGAUCGAUUUGGCAUGAAAUAAUGCACAAAAGGGCAACUGAGGUAAUCCUCAACAAAUUAACUUAUAAUGUCGCUAUAUGACCUCUACUUCGUUAGUGCAAUGUAAACCUCGAAAAAAUAAGAUGAGUGUAUAUUUGCUUAUAUAUAUUCUUAAAUGAACGUUAUUGUUAUUUUAUCAUUUAUAUAAGUUAAAGUUCGAUUGUAGAGAAAGCUACUUGUUUAUAUGAACCAUAUCAUAGUGCGCUUCCUGAAAUGAACCUGUACUUGAGAUACCUGGUUCUAAAUUUAACAAAGAUCCAAAAAUAAUAUUUUUCAUUUUAGAAUUAGCCAUAGAAUUGUAGAAACAAAUCACAUGCUGAAAACAAAUGAAGCUUAGUUAUGAAGAUGCUUGCGAAUUUGCCAAAGACAUUAAGAAACUUUGAUUCAUUUGUUCAAUGACUGUGAAAUGAUGAAACAAUUUUGGCUGCAACUUCAAUCUUAAUAACAAAUAAAUGUAGUAUUAAUUUUGAUAGCUGGACUGCUUAAGAUAUAUUAUUUGGUAAUACAAAGUUGGAUUUUAUCUUAAAUAAGAUAAUAUUUCUUAUAUAUUAUAGUAAAAUAAAACAAAUAAGGCCUCGAUAAGAAACUUUAACGGCACAAAUUGUUGCCAAUUAUAACAUUGAAAAAUUUGUUGCCAAACAAACUGUCAAGUAUAAAAAGUUUGACAAGUCAUGGGAAAAGUUAAAUGCCUAGUUCCUCCAGCUCCAACUCAAUGGAGAAUAUUAUAUACAUGUAAAUAUAAUUCAUAGGUUUUAUGUAAUUUCUAUUUACUUUUUCCACAAUACAGUACAUGAUUACAGGUUUAAAAAUCAGGACAAAAUAUAGGAAUAAAAAAGAGUGUCUUAAGUCCUACUCACUAGCAUUAUAAAAUGUGAACAUUUGCCGCCUUAUUCGCAUCCUUUCUGAUUCUCUUGUUAAAUCGUUUUUGCAUGUAUUUAUAUUUUAUUCCUUUACUUGUCAGUAAGAAGGAAACCCUUGUGCACCAGAGACCUUUGAUAUGUCAUUUUUUUAACAAAAAACAUAAAAGGUUUACUGUCUUCGUAAUUUUACAUUUGUAUUUAUAUUCGGAUAAAGUUUGUAUAUUACAUAUGUAUAUAAAAUUUAUUAUUUAAUAUAUAUUUUUAUAUAUAUUCUAUAUAUACUUGUAAAAAGUGUUGAAGUUUAAACUUGAACUAUGAGAAGUGAAUAAUACACCUGUUUCGACCUGAAUUAUUGAAAGUAAUAAAAAAUAAAAGACCUUUAGAGGUCACAGUGUAAAAGAAAUUGUUCACAUCAACUUAUUAUUUCAAGCAAUUAUGCAUGAAAUAGUAUUGCUAAUCACUAUACUGAAUGAAUAAAGACAUUUUUUACAUGUAUGGCUAAUUUACUUUAUACAUGAUGUAAGGCAGACAACCCCUAAGCCUAUACUAGAAAGAUUGUGUGAACUCUCUUACUAUUAAUAAAAAGUUGUAAAAAAGUUUUUAUAUUUAAAAUAUGCAUGUUUGUAUGCGAUCUAGUUUAUUAUAAUCUGUAAACAAGAUAAACAAGUUUUACACUAACUUAUAAUUGAAUGUACUCGUAAACACCAAAUAUGUGGAAUUGUAUAGUAAAAAUAAUUUUAUUUGCAAAACCUGGUAGUUAGCUUAAUUUGCUAGGGAUUUAGUAAGUUUUGUGAAACAAAUUAAAUAUUGUAUACAUUAUAUGAUAAUGUUUUA